AUGAUGAGUGGCAUUAUUAUUUUGGUAAUCCUAUUAUCAAGCGGAAUCACGUGUGAGGCGCAAUAUCAUAAUUGUUUCAUGUCCGGUGAUUAUUCUGGACGUUCGACGUGGUGCGGUGAAAACUCGAAAGAUGAAGAGAAUUUGAAGGAUCCAGUGGAGAUAAUGAAACGUGCAAAGGAAUUCCUUGAAAAACAAGGCAAAAUUAUACUUGAUCCAAUGACCUGGACAAUACCACCACCAACAACAUUACCACCUCCUCCUCCACCAUCGAGCAGCACAGCAUCAGCAGCAACAAUAUCAAAUCCAGUACUUCUAACUCAACCUGAUGUAAUCGGAGCAAGAUCACAACCACAAUAUAUUCCGCUGUAUUCGAUAGCAUUACCUAAUGGUGCCAGUCCAUUUUUCACUCCUACUUCAAAACAUCCAGCAGAUGUAUCCAAUUUGCAAAUGUUACCAUUUGUUGGAAUAAUUACUCCAGAAAUGUCGUACAACCAUCAGAAUACUUCUAUUUUAACUGACCAAGCAAACCUUCCUUUCGGUUAUGAAAAUUCUGAGCAAAUAACUGGGCAGCAACAACAAUUUCAGAUUCAACCAAGUUAUUUAGCAAAUAAAGCGAAUGAAAUGCCACAUUCGUUGAAAAUAUCACCACCAGCUUCAUCAUCAAAAUUUUUCGUCGAAAAACGGGUUCCAAAAUUAAAGAAAAUUAAUGACUUGACGGAUAUGAGAAGCAUCAAGCCAAUCAAAUUAGUUCUAAAUCAGCAGCAACACUUGAAUCCCGAAAAAAACAGUCAGCGAAUCAAUGCUUAA